ACUACGGCACGGGAGACGGCGGAGGAGGGCCCUUGAAAAGGGUGCGCGUUCUCGUAGCGGUGCACCCGGUAGGUUUCAGUCAGAGUCACUAUGGCGGCCAACGCUGGCAAGGUCGGAAAGUUUCCUGCCUCGUCCGCCACCGCCUGAGCUUGCCGCACUGGCUGCGAGUGGAGGAGGCUGCGGCGGACCCAGCCCCGGCCUCCAGGCCUCUCCCUCCACCUCCGGGCCAGCCUCCCUCCCCCACACCGUCGUCCUCCGGGAGCUGCCAGUCCCUGAGAUGCGACCCUCGCGAGGACGCUCCUGAGGGGAGGUGGCCCAUGUGCUGAGCAGCAGCGCCCAGAGCUCAAGGAACCAACUUCCCGCCGGCCCGGGCGCCCAAGCCUCCUUGGGGUAGCUCCUCGCUCUGUCCGCACCGGCCUGCAGAGCCGGGUCCCCGCCCUGGUCCGGGGACACCCGCCAGGUGCUCGGGACUCGCGAUCCAGGGACCGCCCGUGUCCCGGCCGCCCUCCCACGCCUCCAGCUCGGGAUCGCAGCCUCGGCUCACGCUGGGCCGGGGACCCCUGCCACUCCCGGGCGGCCUCGGCGCAGCAGGGCAAUGCAGCCCAGCCCGCUGGCCCUCUAGCCCUCCUCGUCGUCUGUCCCCGCACCUCUUCUCAUCCCCGAGGCCCCUGAGGACCGGUGGUGGCUGCCCGGAGGUCCUUCACUCCUCUUCCUCGGGCCCCAGAGGACCUUCCUGGCUGAGCCGAGUCAACCCUCUUCAUGCUGCAGUGCCGCACCGUUUCCGCUACCGAAGGGGAGAAGUGGCCGGGAUCUCAAACAAAACACAAGUAUUUGUGUGUGACUCAUCUGCUCGGAUACCUCCCGUCCCCAAACUGUCUUCCAGGAGUUUCCUUGGCCGAAGCUGCCCAAUGUUUGAGCUUUUUCUUCCUAGGGAAGAUGGACUGAAAGCUGCUAGUUGGGGACUUUUUUUGGUCAAGGAGCCUCUGUAUUUUAAAGGAGGUGAUGGGGCUUGCUCUGGCUUGUCUUCCUGCCCAAUUGAAGAGUUGUUGAUGUUCACUGGUUAUGCUUAGACAAUGCACAGUUUGUUUUAAUUUAAAAAUUUUGGGGGGAUAGGGGUGUAGGCUUGUGAAGAGCAUUCCGAAUCUGGAGGAGCUCCUCGUUAUCCCUGGUCCAGACACCCCCCCCAGCCUGUCCUCGAUGCCGUCAGCCUUGGCCAUCUUCACUUGCCGCCCGAACUCACACCCGUUUCAGGAGCGACAUGUCUACCUGGACGAGCCCAUCAAGAUCGGCCGCUCAGUGGCACGCUGUCGACCAGCGCAGAAUAAUGCCACCUUUGACUGCAAAGUGCUGUCAAGGAACCAUGCUCUCGUCUGGUUUGAUCACAAGACGAGCAAGUUUUACCUCCAAGACACUAAAAGUAGUAAUGGUACCUUUAUAAAUAGCCAGAGAUUGAGUCGAGGCUCUGAAGAAAGUCCACCAUGCGAAAUUCUUUCUGGUGACAUUAUCCAGUUUGGGGUAGAUGUGACAGAGAACACACGGAAAGUUACCCAUGGGUGUAUUGUUUCCACAAUAAAACUUUUUCUACCAGAUGGUAUGGAAGCCCGACUCCGUUCAGAUGUCAUCCAUGCUCCAUUACCGAGUCCUGUAGACAAAGUUGCUGCUAACACUCCAAGUAUGUAUUCUCAGGAACUAUUCCAACUUUCUCAGUAUCUACAGGAGGCCUUACAUCGGGAACAGAUGUUGGAACAGAAGUUAGCCACACUUCAGCGGCUGCUGGCCAUCACCCAAGAGGCUUCAGAUACUAGUUGGCAGGCUUUAAUAGAUGAAGAUAGACUCUUAUCACGGUUAGAAGUUAUGGGGAACCAGUUGCAGGCAUGCUCCAAAAAUCAAACAGAAGAUAGCUUACGGAAGGAGCUGGUAGCGUUGCAGGAGGAUAAACAUAGCUAUGAAACCACAGCCAAAGAGUCCCUGAGGCGGGUUCUUCAGGAGAAAAUCGAAGUGGUUAGAAAACUCUCAGAAGUGGAGCGGAGUCUGAGUAACACUGAAGAUGAAUGUACCCACCUGAAGGAGAUGAAUGAGCGGACUCAGGAAGAGUUGAGAGAAUUAGCCAAUAAAUAUAAUGGAGCAGUUAAUGAAAUUAAAGAUUUAUCUGAUAAAUUAAAGGCAGCAGAGGGAAAACAAGAGGAAAUCCAGCAGAAGGGACAAGCCGAGAAGAAAGAAUUACAGGCUAAAAUCGAUGACAUGGAAGAAAAAGAACAAGAGCUCCAGGCAAAAAUAGAAGCUUUGCAAGCUGAUAACGAUUUCACCAACGAGAGGCUGACAGCUUUACAAGAGAAGCUGAUGGUCCAGGGGCAUCUAACCAAAGUGGUGGAGGAAUCCAAGCUUUCCAAAGAAAACCAGGCAAAAGCAAAGGAAUCUGACUUAUCAGAUACUCUGAGUCCAAGCAAAGAAAAAAGCAGCGACGACACUACAGACGCCCAGAUGGAUGAGCAAGACCUGAAUGAACCCCUGGCUAAGGUGUCUCUGUUAAAAGCUCUUUUGGAAGAAGAACGAAAAGCCUAUCGAAGUCAAGUUGAGGAGUCAGCUAAACAAAUCCAGGUUCUUCAAGUCCAGCUGCAGAGGCUACACAUGGAUAUGGAGAAUCUCCAGGAGGAAAAGGACACUGAGAUUUCUAGCACGAGAGAUAAAUUGCUGAGUGCUCAAGAUGAGAUUUUGCUCCUUCAUCAAGCAGCAGCAAAGGCUGUGUCUGAGCGGGACACUGACUUUAUGUCUUUGCAAGAAGAGCUCAAGAAGGUGAGAGCAGAGCUUGAGGGCUGGAGGAAAGCAGCAUCUGAGUAUGAGGAGGAAAUCAGAAGUCUGCAGAGCACUUUCCAACUUAGAUGUCAGCAGUGUGAAGUCCAGCAAAGAGAGGAGGCCAAAAGGUUGCAAGGUGAACUAGAGAAGUUGAAAAAGGAAUGGGAUGUACUGGAAAAUGAGUGCCGUUCUCUGAAAAAGGAGAAUGUGUUAUUGUCAUCAGAACUGCAGCGGCAAGAGAAAGAAUUGCACAAUUCUCAGAAGCAAAGUUUGGAGCUCACGAGUGACCUCAGCAUCCUUCAAAUGACUAGGAAAGAACUCGAGAACCAAAUGGGAUCCUUGAAAGAACAACACCUUCGGGAUGAAGCUGACUUAAAAACUCUUCUCAGUAAGGCUGAAAACCAAGCCAAGGAUGUACAGAAAGAGUAUGAAAAGACACAGACUGUACUCUCUGAACUGAAGUUGAAGUUUGAAAUGACUGAGCAGGAAAAGCAAUCAAUCACAGAUGAGCUCAAACAAUGUAAAGACAACCUGAAGCUGCUGCGAGAGAAAGGAAAUAAUAAACCCUGGCCCUGGAUGCCCAUGUUGGCGGCCCUGGUUGCGGUGACAGCUAUGGUGCUGUAUGUACCAGGUCUGGCCAGAGCUUCUCCAUGACAGUGUGUCUUGAGUCUGUACACCGUCCUCCCUCUAGAAGCUGGCACCACAGUCAUGCUGGGGACAAGCAGAACCAUUUUCUUCCUUUUUACCUCUUAAAACAACAGAGUGCAAGAAGACAGCUGUAGGGUCAUUGCUUUAACUUAUAUAAACUCUAUCUGUCUAUAGAGAGGAUAUAAAGUUGUGAAUUUAUUCGGUUUUACAUAUAAUUUUUAAAUUAGUAUGUUGAGAUUCUGAAUAUUAUGGUGGCCUAAAGUAGGCUUCUUAGUGCACCAAAUUAUUUAUACCAUAAAUUUAUAGAUAUUUUACUCUGAAUUCUAAUGGCCACACAAUUCAUUUUUCUGAUUUGAUAACUACUCAAACCAAACAACCAGUACAUACAUGGGAAGAGAGGCCCUGUGUGCUCAGUGCCUAUCAGUCUGAAUACACACACACACACACACACACACACACACACACACACACACACACACACACACAUUUUUUUUUUAACAUAUUUUACGCCAUUUUUACUUGUUAUAAAACCACUGAGCUAUUGGGAACAAGACUUAGACUUUUUUUUUUUUUUAAGGAAAAAUAUUCUCUUAUGGUGAUAAUUCGGGGAAUCCAUACAUGUUUGUUCAGCCUUAAUGUGACUUGAAGAUGGGAAGGACAUCAGCUUUGAGUUUGUGUUUUCUUGAGCAAACUGAAAUAUUACUGGGAGCAAAAACAUAAUUGCAUAAUUUCAGUGCAAUCAACCAAACUGUUGAGUGAAUUGGAAUGUAACUUACUAAACCUCAUGUAUUUAAGAAAUGUUUUCUUUGAAAGCCAAGCUCCCUUCUCAUAUACAGCAGUUUAGAAAGCAUGAUUUUUUCCUGUCAUCUGUUCCUCCAAGCAUGUUUAAUUGAAGGAAGAAUUAUAUCUGUCUAGAUAAGCUUUGUUGACUUAAUUUGGUUUUGAUGUGGAGCUAAUUCACAUUCAGGGCGAGCUGAUGUUCCCAGCUAGCAGAUUUCUUGGUUGGGUAUACAAAUGGUCCUUCUCUCUUUGUUGAUGAUUGGAACAGCACUCUUCCCAAGGUCGGUAGUGUUCUGCGCACAGUGACACACGUAAGCACUGCUUGGCAUUGUGCAUUUACACAGAGGUUAAGUUUCGCUGUGGUUUUGUGCGGCACCAUAGUGAUGUCAAUAUCCAAGUAUCACAUAUUAAAUUCCCUUCGGUCCAUGGAGACUGGAGGGGGACAUCAAUGCAUUGGCUGGAAUACCCAGACCUAGCCAGAUAGCGAGAAAGGAGUUUAGGAUAUCAUUUGCCUCGUGAUGUUUGGCAGUCAUUGUUUUUACUUUAAAAGUUGUAUUUAAAGCUAUUGGGAUUAUUGCCGGGAGAAUCACUAGAUUUAUGGAGGAGUUAGCCACAAGUGACUUGUAGAAAAUACUGUCGUAUAGUCAUUUUACCAUUCUCUGUUGCAGCAAGCCACUCCACCACAGAGUGCUAAUGCCAGUGGCACCCAGCACCUCUUGUAUAUAGUUAUUGCAAAUACUGUUCUGAAAUGCAUAACUUCAAAAUUACCUUUUUUAAAGUAAAUAAUUGUUUGAAAUCUAUUUUGUAAAGAUAAAACGUACAAUAGAAUUUCUGGAGUACAGAUUAAACUAUUUGCACUAACACACGUGAUGUGCAUGAUUUAAUAAAAUAACUUUAAUCUCCCUUUG